AUGGGCGCAAAUCAAUUUGGCAGCCAGCAGCAACAACCUUUUCAGCAGUCAAACAUUAAUGCUGAUCCUUUGCUGACGCAACAGCAGCAGCAGCAAAAAUUACAGCAACAACGAUCACUUUCUGCUCAGUCGAGCAUUGAGUCAGUGAAUCAACUGCAGCAGCAGCAGCAGCAACAUCAGAAUCAAAUGUCCAACUUGAUGGGCAUGACAGCACAAGGAAUGGCAGUUCCGGGUCAGCAACCCAAUCAGCAGCAGCAGCAGCAACAGCUGCAAACUGAUUUGAUCAUGAGAGGCCUUUCAACUGCCGCAAGUCAGCCUCAGUUUGCUGGCACCACAACUACCACCACCUCACAAAUAGGCGGACUGAACCUAGGCCAAAGUGUUCAAGCUCAGCAGAACCUUCAGCAACAACAACAACUUCAACAAAGUCUGGAGCAACAGCAGGCGUUGAUGGCGUUGCAGGCUGCCGGAAACACGACAACAAACCAAAGAUCC